AUGUCGUCCCAGAUCGCUCCCGACUGCGCAACUCCCCCGCCCUCGUACGCGCAAGUGGACAGGUCGAAGCAGCCAAUUGAUGUCGAGGGCUCGUUCGUUGACCAGACCCAAUCCUCCAUAGACAAACGCCUGGCGCCUGUGAACGACGGAGGCUUCCCUGAGGUUGUCAUCUCCUCGUCAAACAGUACACGUCGUUCCCAUUCAGCGCCAAUGGUACACCGCAAUCACUCCGCCGUCUCCAUCAAUUCCACCAGCAAAAGGAACGAGGCGCCGUCAAUAAUGGAUCAAGGGGAUCACUUGACCGUCACGCCUCUGCACCUCCUGGACGACCAGGCCGACUGGGUUGACUGCCCCUUCUGCCGCCAACGGGUAGAGACUCGAGUGAAGUACGAGGCUUCACGGCACACACAUUAUGCUGCUACGGGCCUCUUCCUCACCACUAUCGGAGGUGUGGCUGUUCCGUACAAGAAGAACUGGAGGUGCCAUAUUACCCAUAUCUGCACCAACUGCGACAAGAAGGUGGCCCAUAAGAAGUACGGCCAGGAGAUGGUAGCACUGGGCACGCCGGAGCACUUGCGGCAGGUUUCGAGAUUCGCCUCUGGCUCACCGGCGCCGGGAAGUCGACAGAGCACUAAUUAA